AAUGUAGCCGAAACCUGUCUUUAAUUUCUUUUCCUUUGGCCGUGGUUCUGGUAUUGCCCAGCUACUAUGAAAGCAGUGUGUCGAUCGUUACUAAAACAACACACUUUUACAUGUGUAGGAACGGCGGUCGGUGGAGUUCUGUUCAGAUCUGUUAGCACUCUCAAGCUGCCUCCAUACGCAGAUGAGGCGUCAAUUUAUGUCCAUUGGCCCUAUUGCCUGAAACGAUGCUCUUACUGCAACUUCAACAAGCAUAUUCCUCGGAGCCAAAACCAUGCUGUCAUGACCGAAUGUCUGCAGAAAGAGACACAGACCUUAGUGCAACUCAGCCAGGUCUCUCGAAUCAGCUCAGUGUUUUUUGGCGGAGGAACACCCAGUCUGGCUCAGCCCUCCACAAUCGCUGCCGUCCUGGAGACUGUCUCCAAACAUGCACAACUUUCACAUGAUGCAGAGGUCACUCUGGAAGUGAAUCCUACACCUGCUGGAAAAGCUAGUCUGAAGGACUUCAUGUUAGCUGGAGUUAACCGAUUUUCUAUUGGAAUUCAGUCACUAAAUGAUGAUCACCUGAGGACUCUAGGGAGGGAUCACAGUUCUCAACAUGCUCUUCAGACAGUGGCAGAGGCCAGGACACUUUGCCCGAGACGGGUGUCUGUGGAUGUCAUGUUUGCUCUCCCAUACCAAAGUGUGAAGUCAUGGGAGAAGGAGCUGGAGAAACUCCUGCCAGUUUGUGACAAUCAUGUUUCAUUGUAUCAACUGACUUUAGAAAGGGGUACACGGCUGUUUAAACAGGUUGGCAGUGGUGAAUUAAGUGUGCCUGGUGAUUAUAUCACAGCUGUUAUGUACAAAUCAGCAUGCAGGAUCCUGGAGCAGGCUGGGUUUCAUCAGUAUGAGGUGUCCAACUUUGCCAAAAACAAUGCUUUCAGUGAACACAAUAUCGGGUACUGGAGGAGUCAGCAGUACAUAGGAGUAGGCCCAGGGGCACAUGGACGCUUUGUUCCAUGCGCAGUGGGAGGAGCUCAGAGGGAAGCUCGGACACAGACUUUAGAACCAGAUGUUUGGAUACGAGAGGUUCAGCGACAAGGUCACGGAACACGCAGACGAAUACAGCUCGAUCAUCAUGGCCUGCUGGAGGAAGUUUUGGUCAUGGGUUUGCGUAUGAAUGAAGGAAUCAGCCACCAGCACUGGGAGCUAUUCAGCCCAGAAGCAGACCUCCAAAAAAUAUUUGGGGUGUCAGAUAACGUACAGGAACUGCAAGCAGGGGGACUUCUUAUACUUGAUGACAGGGGUUUGCGGUGUUCCUGGGAAGGCUUGGCUUUACUGGACAGCAUCUUACCCACACUGCUGGUAGAAUUAGAGAUGUUUCUCAAAAGCAGGAGCAUCGUGAAGACACAGUACACCAGCAGAGAGACAGACAUGCAGAGAGACAAAUGACACUUUACGUCAACAGGGUUCCUACGCAUGCUGGAAAACCUGGAGUUUUGCAAUGCAAUUUUUCCAGUCAUGGAGAAGUAAUGGGAAAUGAGAAAAAUAUCUAAAUGUCCUGGAAAAUAGUUAAUUAUAAUAAAACUGUUUGACUGUGUAGCUAAAAUGGUUUUUGUUACAUGUAGAAAAACAUGGUAACGAUUGGGUCAAAUACACAUAUUCGUAUAGUUUUGUCUAGGGAUGCACCGAUAUAGAAAUUUUGUCCGAUACCAGUUUGAACAAAAAACCAUAGGCCGAUACCAAUAUUUCCCCCUUUACAUUAUUAUCACUUUUUUAUUAGUACUAUUUGUAAUCGUUGGUGUUCUUAUUAUUCUUCUUCUGCCAUGGGAGUCUAUGGCAGCCCAUAGAGCUGUUCACAGGAAAGUUAUGAAGUUUUGCACACAGCAAAUUUGGAGUCUGUAACUCAAACCCUUUAGCACCACCAACAGGUCAAAGUUUCACUCAUGUUUACGCUAGCAACUUUUGAACUGUAAGUCCUAGAGACAAAAUUCUUUUUCCCCCUGAUUCCUGAGCUCAUGCCGAGUCGAAUGCAGAAAUUGUUUUAAAGCGAUAGUGAGACAAAAGUUAUCACUUUUUUUUUCGAUGUUUGAAAUCGUUCCUGAGAAAUGGCUUCACGAAUUUGACAGCGAGCACGCCAAAAUGGACUUCAUGCUGUAUCUCCGCAACACUUUGACGAAUUGUGACAAAACUUGGUAUGUGUCAUCGCCAUCAUGCCUUGAGGUUACCUGCAGCGUUUCGCCACACUACCCCCUACUAGUCAGGAGAUAGCAAAAAUGGCUAUUUUGGCUUAUAACUCUUGAACGCUUUGGCCAAAAUUUAUAAAACUGGUCUCUUUAGAUUCAGUGAAACAUUCCGAGUCAAACGAUACCCAAUUUUCCCAUGUUGGCCGUUUUGGGUGUCGGCCAUUUUGAAUUUUGUCGCAAAAUGCUGUAUUUUAUGAACGCAUUGGCGUAUCAUUACGAAACUUUGUAUGUGUCCCCAGGAACAUGCCCUGAAGGUGUCUGAGAAGUUUGGGUCCGGCGCUACCUAGUGGUGGAAAAAUUAUUAUUUUUUUUUUUUACUUUGUGAGCUUAUAACUUUUUGUGGCGUUGGUCUAUUUUCACAGGACUGGUCUCUUUAAGUUCAGGAGGACUUGCCGAGCACAACGAUACCAUAUUUGCUAUGGUUGUCCUUAUGGCCUGUUGCCACUUCGAAAAUAGUUCCGAAACUACUUUAGCGAGUUGCUUCAAAGCUGUUCAUCCGAUCGGAACGAAACCACCAAAAUAAAAAGCAUCAUUUGUAAAUUUCUUUAGAUAAAAGAGAACAUGGCAACAUUUUGCUUGUAAAUGCCAAAAACAGGCUGAUGAAUUUUAAAAGUGGUCUCUGCUUUUACGUAAAGUGAUAUAACUCUUAAGUGAAAUAAGAUAUUUUCACCAGUCAUGACACACUUAUAUAAGGGCUCAACCUGAGAACACACAGAAAAAGUUGCGGGGUUUGACCAUUUGGUGGCGCUAUAACAGGGAACAAUAUGAAAGUGGCUCUAAAUAUAGAAACAUUGGUCCGAUUCAUUUCAAAAUUUGCAUGCAGUGUCUUUGCAUUCAGUGUAUUUGUGGGAGCUGCCAUCAUUGAUCAUGAGGACAGUUGCAUAUAUUGAGAAACAUGGCAGCCAUUGGCCAAUCAUCAACACAUUUGACUUUGAGCACACCAAAAUGGACUUGAGGCUGUAUGUUUGCAUUUUUGUGAGACUGGUCUUGUUCGAUUGUGUGGGUCAUACAGAGAACAAUGAUACCAAUGUUAGCCAUGAUUUGAUUUAUGUAAAAUGUUUUGUUGUUGCUAUUACUCCUAACAUUUGUCCAAUCAACAUGAAAUUGAAAUCUGCUGAUUAUUUACAGACCAUGCCUGAAAAUGUUAGCAAAUAGAUUUUUGUUGUUUAGAAUUGUUUCACAAACAAAUUUGAAAGUACCAAAUUUAUAAAAAAUACCAAAGAGGAAUUAAGGCUGUUGCAUUUGCUUAGUAAAAUGAAAAUAUUUUAAGACCUUGCCCUGGGGGGGGUCAUUGUGAAAUCUGGAUGCCCUGUAGUAAACAGUGGCUAAAUGUGCUUGCUUGAAAUAUUUCAGUCAAUUAGACAAAUUGUUUUCAAUUAAGUUAGUGUCAUGCAAAUAAUCAAAACUUUUUUUUUAGUUUAAAUUGGAUCAGAAUAAAUAUUGCAUAGAUGUCUAUAAAUGUAUUGCAUAUAAUCCUAUGGAUGUAAAAACUGACUUCCAAUUUUUUCCAAAAAAUCCUACAAAGUGCUUGAGAAUACACAAAACAAUGUAUAGUGUGCAAUGUUGCACUUAACACCCUCUGCACAACCUUGAGUAAAUGCUCUUUGUCAAUGUACUAAUAGCAAAAAGAGCAAGCACUUUUGUUCUGCCGAUGAUAGAGAUUGAAUGUGCAACUAGUACACACAAAUAGAACAGUAGUGUAUCUUGAGAAACAUGGCCAUAGAUGUUUUUUUUUUUAUUUAUUUUUAUCUUUAACUCCUACAGCAUUCAUCAGAAUUCUAACUUAAAAUGUGUCAGGAUGCUUCUAUUGCUGCUCAUGCUGCCGAUAAUUGGCUUGACUCCGGUAUUGUUGCUUGCAGCUAUAUUUUUAUUUUGGAAUUUUGCUUUAAAAAUGUAAAUGUGCCUUUUCGCUGUUUUAACAAUAAAUAAUUUCCACUGAACACGAAUUGGAUCUGUUGAACACAUGACAGACCAAGCUGUCAUGAAGCCAAAGUCUGUUGGUUUCAAAGCAUUUUGGAUGGUUUCCCUAUUCAUGUAGCCUAUACUUUAGGUGAGUGCCAUUUUCACAACUGUCACAUCCGUUUAUGGCGCUUUUCCACAUUAACAUGAAAUAUUAUAUGUUCUUAAGAGUGCCAAGAGUUUUUACAAAGUGUGUUGCCAAUGAAAUGCUGAUGGUUUUAAUUUGGUCAAUAAUUGGUCGAUAAACAUCGGCAGCCGAUACAUCGGUGCAUCCCUAUUUUGUCACUGCUGGCGGCUGCACGUUGUGAAACAAUGUCAACGGUUGACUGUCAUAAACGAAGCCCUGUCACGUACAUUCGCUACUCAUCUGCUGUCAUCUCUGCUUUGGUCCAAUUAAAUUGUUUAUGUAUUAA